GACCUAUAAUUUAUAAUAAUAGGGAGGAAUUCUGUAACGAGCGACCACAAUUAAAAGCCUAGGUCUACAUCUAGUGACACCCACUGCAGACCUCUGUGAAAAGGAGCAAUGAGUGACGGAUGCGGCAAAGGAUUCGAUCAUUGAUGAGAAUAUGAUUUGUCAUAGUGACAGAUAAGAUGAAUGAAUCGUAUUUCCAUAACUGUGUUGAGAAUGAGAGACAGAUCAUAAGGACUUUGUAAAAGAUUAGUCGAAUGAUUCUGUCAUUGCUACAAGAUAGUUCUUUCAUCACCACAAUGAGGCAAACAAUUCUGUCGCUGCUUCAGCCAGCCUUUCCAUCACCAUUUGUGACUGUUGCUAUGUGCUGUGCCAUUGUGGCUGUGUGUGGCCUCGGCGACCAUCUUCUAGUGAAGACCUACAGCAUCAAACAGAGUAGCCGACUACUUCGUGCUCUCAUCGACAAUAGUUCACAUGCUCUUAUUGGUGGGCUGAGCUGGGCAGUCGUGGAAGGCCCCGCACUGUUUACGGGAAGCAGAGCAUGGCUGCACUGUGUUCUCUGUACGGCUAUAGCCUCGGCUGUGGAUGUCGAUCACUUCCUGGCCUCUGGAACCUUCAGGCUAGAGAAAGCCCUAAAGCUGAGAGGACGACCUCCCUUCCACAACACCGGUCUACUUGUGCUGGCCGUCAUCGUGUGCUGGGGACUCAGGGGCUGGCACCGGAGUUUCUCUCUGCUGGCCCUGAUGCUCCUGGUUGGAGGCUUGUCCCACCAGCUGAGGGAUGGCCACCGGCGUGGGCUGUGGGUGCUCCCACAUGGCUCCAGCCCUCCACUGUCAGCUGGCGUAUAUAGGGGUCUGAUUGUUUUGUUGGCACUGUGUGCCCGUUUGCUGUACUGUAGGGGGUGGGGGAUGGCGAUGGAGGAUGUGGGGGGCAGGGAGAAGUAUUAUCAUAGGCCUACAGAGAUGGUGUAGUGGAGGUUGUGUAGUGGUAGAGGGAGGGG